AGCACAGCUUUUUUUUGGGUCGCUCAAAAGUGGGCGGAGUGAUCACCUUAAAAGGGUGGCAUUUUUGUUUUCUUCGCCAUGUGGAAGAAGCUUGUUCUAUUGGCCUUGCUUUGCAGCGCAUCGGCCAAAGAGGAGGAGAAGAAGAUCGACGGUCCAGUCAUCGGCAUUGACCUUGGCACCACCUACAGCUGCGUGGGCAUCUACAAGAAUGGCCGGGUGGAAAUCAUUCCGAACGAUCAGGGCAACCGCAUCACACCCUCCUACGUGGCCUUUACCGACGAUGAGCGGCUCAUUGGAGAAGCUGCAAAGAAUCAGGCGACCAUCAACCCCACACAGACCCUCUUCGAUGUGAAGCGCUUGAUUGGGCGACGCUUCAAGGACUCCACGGUGCAGAAGGACAUCAAGCUUUUGCCCUAUGCGAUUGUCGACAAAGCAAGCAAGCCGAUGAUUAGCGUGAAGGUGAAGGGCGAAGAGAAGGUCAUGGCGCCUGAGGAGGUCUCCUCGAUGGUUUUGACCAAGAUGAAGGAGACGGCGGAAAACUAUCUGGGAAAGGAGGUGAAGCAUGCCGUGGUCACGGUACCAGCCUACUUCAACGAUGCCCAGCGGCAGUCCACCAAGGAUGCGGGCACCAUCUCCGGAAUGAAUGUGUUGAGAAUCAUCAACGAGCCGACGGCCGCUGCGAUCGCUUAUGGCUUGGACAAGAAGACUGAGAAGAACAUCUUGGUCUAUGAUCUGGGUGGUGGUACCUUCGAUGUCUCACUGCUCACCAUCGAUAACGGUGUCUUCGAGGUGGUGGCCACCAACGGCGACACUCACCUCGGCGGCGAAGACUUCGACCAACGUGUGAUGCAGCACUUCAUGAAGAUCUUCCAGAAGAAGCACGGCAAGGACAUGAGCAAGGACAAACGUUCCAUCCAGAAGCUCCGCCGAGAGGUGGAGAAGACCAAGCGUGCUUUGAGCUCCACCCACCAGGCUCGACUGGAGAUCGAAGCCUUGUACGACGGCACAGACUUCUCCGAGACCUUGACCCGCGCACGCUUCGAGGAGCUGAAUGCGGACCUCUUCAAGAACACCUUGGGUCCGGUGAAGCAGGUCUUGGAGGAUUCGGGGCUCAAGAAGAACCAGGUGGAUGAGAUCGUCUUGGUGGGCGGCUCCACAAGAAUCCCCAAAGUACAGCAACUCAUCAAGGACUUCUUCAAUGGUAAGGAACCCAACCGCGGCAUCAACCCCGACGAGGCCGUGGCCUAUGGCGCUGCAGUGCAGGCAGGCAUCUUGAGCGGCGAGGGUGGACAGGACCUGCUCCUGCUAGAUGUGACUCCCCUGACCUUGGGCAUUGAGACGGUGGGCGGCGUCAUGACGAAGCUGAUCUCGCGCAACACGGUCAUCCCAACGAAGAAGUCCCAGAUUUUCUCCACCUACCAGGACAACCAGCCGGCGGUGAACAUCCAGGUCUAUGAAGGGGAGCGACCCAUGACCAAGGACAAUCACCUGCUUGGCAAGUUCGAGCUCGGUGGGAUUCCGCCCGCGCCACGUGGGCAGCCGCAGAUCGAAGUGACCUUCGAGAUCGACAGCAACGGCAUCCUCAACGUCGGUGCAGAGGACAAAGGCACCGGAAAGAGCGAAAAGAUCACCAUCACCAACGACAAGGGCCGAUUGACUGAGGAGCAGAUCGAGAAGAUGAUCCGCGAAGCUGAGGAGUUUGCGGAUGAGGACAAGAAGGUCAAGGAACGCGUCGACGCGAAGAACGCCUUCGACGGCUACAUCCACUCGAUGCGCUCGGCCACGGAGGGCUCCGGCGAUAACAAGGGCCUCAGUGAGAAGAUGGACUCGGAUGAGAAGGAGAAGAUCCUGGACGCUCUGAAAGACGGCCAGUCCUGGUUGGACUCCAACCCUGAGGCCGAUGCUGAGGAGAUCAAGGAGAAGCACAAGGAGAUUGAAGGAAUCUGCGCGCCCAUCGUGUCCAAGUAUUAUGGCGGCGGCGGUGCGGGUGCUGGAGCCAGCGACGAGGACGAGGAGGAAGCGCAUGAUGAGCUUUGAGUUGAUGCUUCACCGAGGGGAGAAGGGUGCUUGGUCGAACAGCGACAUGGCGCUCUCCAAGACUCUGGUCUGAGCCUGUGUCAACUGGAAUUCAGUGCAGCUUUGAAGCGACUCAACUCGUGCGUUGGCACGAAAAAGACCUGGGCAAUGCCCACAGAGAAACCUCUGUGCUAGCAGCUGGCGCGG